UUCAUCUUCAUGAACCCAUCCAUCACUGAUCUGACAAGAAAUACACCUAUUAGUAAAUGUAAGCUGGCUACCUAACAAAAAAUUCUCUUGUUUAUUAUUUUGGCCUUGGCCCACCCUGAAGGUAUGUCGGGUGUUUGGUUCUUUGUAUAGUUGUAUGUAUAUAUCCAUCCAUCCAUCCAUCCAUCUUAUACCGCUUGUUCCUUCUUCAGGGUCGCGGGGAACCUGGAGCCUAUCCCAGGGAGCAUCAGGCACAAGGCGGGGUACACCCUGGACAGGGUGCCAGUCCAUCGCAGGGCACAAUGGUAUGAAUGGGUGUAUGUAUAUAAUUGUUACAAUAUACCAGAACUUUUUAACACAAACCUGGUUGUGUUAUUAAAUUCAAAUUCUAUUGAAUCCUGAGCUGUUUAUUCUGUGCGGCCUAACCUAGACUGGGCCAUAACAGAUUAAUUAGAAUGGUGCCAGACGGAUCAAAUUCGGUGUUCGAUGGAGUAAGACGCGAAGUUGGAGGCUCCUGCUGAUUUCGAUUAAAAUUGUAAUUAAUUAGCGCUUUUUAGUCAUGUAAUAUAUUUUGACUUAUUCUACUUCUUUCCUUCUUUGCACUUUGAACUUUGUGGCACGUUAAGAUGUCUGGAAAGAACACGAAAACCCGUGGUAGCAUUCAGACACGACUGAGACCUAGUGUGCACGCCGUGAGCGAGUCCCCUUCCCCCCCUGAAUCCGCGUCCCCGAGCGGUGACCCUCACUUCGCCGCUUUCAAGCUUGAGUUGUUGGCUUCACUGAGGAAGGACAUUGCCGAUGUUUUUAAAAAGGAGUUUCAGGCGAUGUUCAGGGAUGCGCUGUCUACUAUCCAGCUUGACCUGCAGUCCGUGAAAACACAGCAGGCUGGUGAUAAAGUCGCUACCGAGGCUACAAUAUCAACACUGAAAGGUACUGUUGGGGAAAUAGGGCACGCUCUCUUCACUUGCACCGAUGACAUAGUUUACAUGAAGACUACUAUCGAGUCUCUCACUGCGACCGUGACUCAAUUAGAGAAUAAAUGUGAAGAUUUGGAGUCGAGGUCACGGCGCAAUAACGUUAGGAUAGUCGGAGUUCCAGAGGGCGCUGACACCUGUACAACCGCUGCUGUAGCGGCCUUGUUAAAGGAGGCGUUUGGUCUGGAGAAGGAGCCGGUUCUGGACCGGUCCCACUGGACCCUUCAGCCGAAGCCCAAGCCUGGUGAACGACCACGAGCUAUUGUGUGCAGAUUCCACUAUCACAGUGACUGUGUUGAUAUUUUACGCCGUGCAAGAGAGAUAUCAGGGUGAACUGCAUCACCUAUAUUUUUUCACUUUUCUUUUAUUAUUUUCUUGCACUCGGCCUUCCAGCUCUACAGAAUUCGGAUUCUUAUUGAAGAUAUUGUCGGUGCAUUACUUCGUCUAGAUUUUGUGGACUCGCUCCUCUUAAAUUUACUUCUGUAUUGAUGUGCUUCUCUGUUUUUAUGCUCUGACUGGGUUAGAGUUUAUUUCAUUUUAUUAGUGUUGUUUCCUCAUCUUUACAUGCUUCACUGGGUUAUAUUAUUAGUUACAAGUCUUUAAAAGGUAAGGACAUUAUAUUUGUUGAAGUGCGCAGACUAUUUAUCAGAUUUGAAGUCAGUAGGGGACUUUUCUCUUACUGGAAUUUUUUUGUUUAAGUAAUUUAGUUGGUUUUCACAUUGUGGACAACUCUUGGUGGGAAAUACUGCUGUCUCCCUUUGUUUUAUGGAGACUUUGGGUGUGUUGGGGGAGGGGGGGUCCCACUCCGGCUGGGACAGGCACGCCUUUAAGAUUUAUUUGUUGGAACGUCAGAGGUAAUCCUGUCAAGAGAUCUAAGGUUUUUACAUAUUUGAAAUGUCUUCCACUUGAACUUUAAUUUGAAAGUAGGAGGGGUCACUAUUUUAAUUGACAAAAGGUUACAGUUUUCGUCCACUAAUGUUAUCGCUGAUGCGAUAUCUAUCACUGAUGAGAGAUAUAUUAUAGUUGCUGGUACUCUAAUGCAAAGACAGGUAUUGUAAAU